AGAUUCCUACUGCUUAAAAUUACAAGACUUCUCAAAUCACCAAAAUUCUUAAAUCUCACCAACCCCCUUCUUUUUUUCCAUCCCCUCCCCCCUGCAAGUGGGCAAUGACAGCACAGUUUAUUUUCAUGGCGAAGUUCUAUUAACACUGUUUCCGAUUGUAAUCUGGGGAGAGGUUAAAGUUCUGGACUUUCGAUUAAGCUUUGAUCUUUAUUUGCAUCCUUUUCUCGUCAAAUCAAGUUUGCUAUCUUGCAGAUGGGGGACGUAGUGAAGGACUUGACUGCCGGGACAGUCGGUGGUGCAGCACAAUUGAUAGUCGGGCACCCCUUUGACACCAUCAAGGUCAAGCUCCAAAGCCAGCCUACUCCACUCCCUGGCCAAGCUCCCAAGUAUGCUGGUGCAGUGGAUGCUGUCAAGCAGACUUUAUCUGCUGAAGGCCCAAGGGGGUUAUACAAAGGUAUGGGAGCUCCACUUGCUACUGUGGCAGCCUUCAAUGCUGUUCUUUUCACAGUGAGGGGACAAAUGGAGGGAUUGUUAAGGUCUCAACCUGGUGCCCCACUUACAGUUAACCAGCAAGUUGUUGCUGGUGCGGGUGCUGGAGUUGCUGUUUCUUUUCUUGCUUGUCCCACUGAAUUGAUCAAAUGCAGGUUGCAAGCACAAAGUGCUUUGGCAAGUUCAGACUCAGCAGUGGUGGCUGUGAAGUAUGGGGGGCCAAUGGAUGUGACCAGGCAUGUUCUCAAAUCAGAAGGUGGUGUGAGGGGUCUCUUCAAGGGCUUGGUUCCUACUAUGGCACGUGAAAUUCCUGGAAAUGCUGCUAUGUUUGGUGUCUAUGAAUUGCUGAAGCAGUCCUUUGCAGGAGGUGAGGAUACUUCUCGGUUGGGAAGGGGCUCUUUGAUGGUGGCCGGUGGCUUAGCUGGUGCUUCCUUUUGGGUAUCUGUCUACCCCACUGAUGUUGUUAAAAGCGUCAUUCAAGUAGAUGAUUACAAAAACCCCAAGUUCUCUGGGUCUAUUGAUGCUUUUAGGAAGAUCCUGGCUUCUGAAGGUAUCAAAGGCCUGUACAAAGGUUUUGGCCCUGCCAUGGCUAGAAGUGUCCCUGCAAAUGCAGCAUGCUUCUUGGCAUAUGAGGUGACAAGGUCAAGCAUGGGGUGAUUGGCUGCAGUUCUUUCAGAGCAAAUAACUGGAUUAUUCUUCACCAUUGUUAUCAUACUGCUGCUCUCAAAAAGCUUUUGCAAGUAAUUGUUUAGUAAUAUGAUAACAGGUUAUGUCAAAAGAACAUGCUAUUCAUCCUUCAAAAUUAAUGAGCUCGGGUGCUGGAAGAAACACUCGCCAGUCACCAACAAUUUAACA